AUGGCUGUCAACGGAUCUGUUGAGACCCAGUGGCUUGCCCAACUGGCAGCCAUGCGCCAGGCUAUUGCGGACUUGAAGCUCCCUCAAGACCCCGCCAAAGAUACAAGCUACGGAAGCGACCUGGAUUUGGAUUUCGACGAAGACUACUCAUCGCCCGGAACUGCCGAUGACGAUAUCUGGGACAUUAUCAGCUCCGACGAAGAGGCCAGCGACGAUUUCGAUGACUAUGACGAGCUCCCCUCUCCUCCGACAUCAUCCGCCUACGACCAGCUCUGGCUCGAGCAGAAGUGCAUGAGCCUUGCUGCUAACAAGCCGGGUAUGGAUGCCGGAGAACUAGCACAGCAAAUCACUGCUGCCCUAGCGACGGACAGCGGAGACGACGAGUUGCAGAUGUCCCUGGCCGAAAUCGUGGGAUUCGAUGACCUCGACUUCGUGAUUGACUUGAUUGCUCACAGGGCGGAUAUUGUCGCGAGCUCGCAUACCGGUCCAGAGGCCCAGACAGAUGGGUUGAUGGCUGGAAAACUCAUGACGAGAGCGGAAAGAGAGCAAGCUUUGCGACAGGCGGAUUACGAACACAAGCAUGCGUCGUUGAUGCCGGCUCAAACUAGAUCGGAACCGCAUUACCCCCAUGUAUUCAAAUUGCACGAGUCCAGAAAUGUCCUUGCAUUGGGAGGAAAGAGAUAUGGACUGCCAAUGGGCAGUAAGCAAAUCGAUGAGAAGAAGUAUACCGAGGUCGAGGUUCCCGCGUCCAAGGUCGGUACCCUGAGACCCGGGCAUAAACUCGUGGAGAUCGCCUCGUUGGAUGGAUUGUGUCAAGGGACCUUCAAGGGAUACAAGACCCUCAAUCGGAUGCAGAGUCUACUAUAUGAAGUAGCAUACAAAACAAAUGAGAACAUGCUGAUCUGUGCCCCGACUGGUGCUGGUAAGACGGAUGCUGCUAUGCUCACAAUCCUAAACGCCAUUGGAAAGAACACUGUCCCAAAUCCCAUAGAAGAACCACAAGCCACCGAGUUUGCGGUGCAGGUCGAAGAUUUCAAGAUUAUCUACGUUGCUCCGAUGAAGGCACUGGCCGCUGAAGUUACCGAGAAGCUCGGGAAACGUCUCGCUUGGUUAGGGAUCAAGGUUCGAGAGCUUACUGGUGAUAUGCAACUCACAAAGCGAGAGAUCGUGGAGACUCAAAUCAUCGUUACUACCCCUGAAAAAUGGGAUGUGGUGACCCGAAAGAGCACGGGAGAUACAGAGCUCGUGCAAAAGGUGCGCCUGUUGAUCAUCGAUGAGGUCCAUAUGCUUCAUGACGAGCGUGGUGCCGUUAUUGAAUCAUUGGUGGCUCGUACCCAGCGUCAAGUUGAAAGCACGCAAUCACUUAUCCGUAUUGUCGGUCUCUCCGCAACUCUCCCGAAUUAUGUCGAUGUCGCCGAUUUCCUCAAGGUCAACAAGAUGGCCGGUCUGUUUUUCUUCGACCAGUCCUUCCGUCCUGUCCCUCUGGAACAACAUUUCAUUGGCGUUAAGGGCAAACCUGGCACCAAGCAGUCUCGCGAGAACCUUGAUGUUGUGGCUUUUGAGAAGGUCCGUGAUAUGCUCGAACGAGGGCAUCAAGUCAUGGUUUUUGUCCACUCGCGUAAGGAUACUGUCAUGACUGCCCGAAUGCUGAAGCAGAUGGCCAGUGAGGAUGGGUGUGAGAAUCUGUUCAGCUGUCAGGAGCACGAAGGUUAUUCGAAUGGUCUUGGUGAUGUGAAACGCAGUCGCGCUCGCGAACUGCGUGAGCUAUUUGCCAGUGGGCUUGGGACACACCAUGCCGGUAUGAGCCGGAGUGAUCGUAACCUCAUGGAGCGCCUGUUCUCCGAAGGACUCAUAAAAGUACUCUGCUGUACUGCCACACUUGCGUGGGGUGUCAACCUUCCUGCUGCCGCGGUUGUCAUCAAAGGUACUCAGUUGUACAAUCCGCAAGAAGGUAAAUUUGUCGAUCUAGGUAUAUUGGAUGUGCUGCAGAUCUUUGGUCGUGCUGGUCGUCCCCAAUUCCAAGACACUGGUAUUGGUUUCAUCUGUACGACCCACGAUAAGCUCCACCACUAUAUAUCUGCCGUAACAUCACAGCAACCGAUUGAAUCUCGGUUCUCCAGCCGGCUGGUGGAUAACCUGAAUGCCGAGAUUUCUCUAGGAACGGUCACCUCUGUCCCAGAAGCCGUGCAAUGGCUGGGCUAUUCUUAUCUUUUUGUUCGUAUGAAACGAGAGCCUCGCAAUUAUGGAAUUGACUUCGCAGAAAUGCGUGACGAUCCUAUGCUGGUGCAAAGACGUCGUCAGCUAGUCAUUCAAGCUGCUAUAGUGUUGCAAAAGAGUCAAAUGAUCAUAUACAACGAAAAGACCGAAGAGUUGCGCGCGAAAGAUGUUGGCCGCAUCGCAAGCCAGUACUAUGUCCUGCAGACCAGCGUUGAAAUUUUCAACAAUCUCAUGCGUCCUCGAGCCAGUGAGGCGGAUGUGCUCAGAAUGAUCAGUAUGAGUGGUGAAUUCGAUAACAUUCAAGCACGGGAAAGUGAGUCCAAAGAGUUGAAUAGACUGCGUGACGAGGCCAUCCAGACCGAGGUAGAAGGAGGUAAUGACUCGCCACAUGCCAAAACCAACAUUCUGUUGCAGUCAUAUAUCUCUCGUGCUAGGGUCGAAGACUUUGCUCUGGUGUCUGAUACAGGGUACGUGGCGCAGAAUGCAGCCAGAAUUUGUCGUUCCUUGUUCAUGAUUGCAUUGAACCGCCGUUGGGGUUACCAAUGUCAAGUUCUGCUGUCACUCUGCAAGGCUAUCGAGAAGCAGAUGUGGCCCUUUGAUCACCCAUUUCAUCAGUUCGAUAUUCCUCAGCCGAUCCUUAGAAACUUGGAUGACAAGCUUCCAACAUCCUCCAUCGAAUCUAUGAGAGACAUGGAAACAGCCGAGAUUGGCCAGCUGGUUCACAACCAAAAAAUGGGGAAGACGUUGGCAAAGCUGCUCGACAACUUCCCUACCCUUGGAGUGGAGGCUGAAAUUGCACCAUUGAACCGUGAUGUUCUACGAAUCCGACUGAGUCUGUACCCAGAGUUUAUUUGGAAUGAUAGGCACCAUGGUGCUUCCGAAUCAUACUGGAUCUGGGUGGAAAACUCAGAGACGUCUGAGAUAUACCACCACGAAUACUUCAUUCUCAGCAGGAAGAAGCUCAACGAUGAACACGAGUUGAAUUUUACCAUCCCGCUGUCCGAUCCUCUGCCUAGUCAAAUCUACGUUCGUGCGAUAUCUGACCGCUGGUUGGGCGCAGAAACGGUGCACCCUGUGUCUUUCCAGCACCUGAUUCGACCAGACACGGAAAGCGUAUACACUGACCUUCUCAAUCUCCAACCGCUUCCCAUAUCUGCGCUAAAAAACCCGAUACUGGAGGAGCUCUAUGGGCAGCGCUUCCAAUUCUUCAACCCCAUGCAGACGCAGAUCUUCCACAUGCUGUACCACACCCCGGCUAAUGUUUUGCUGGGCUCCCCGACAGGUAGUGGAAAGACUGUAGCCGCAGAGCUGGCUAUGUGGUGGGCCUUCCGAGAAAAGCCUGGCUCGAAGGUUGUUUACAUUGCGCCAAUGAAGGCGCUCGUUCGUGAACGUGUUCAGGACUGGAAAAAGCGUCUUACAGCACCAAUGGGCCUGAAAUUGGUUGAGUUGACAGGUGAUAACACUCCUGAUACGCGGACCAUUCGGGACGCCGAUAUCAUCAUCACAACCCCGGAAAAGUGGGACGGUAUCUCCCGUAGUUGGCAGACUAGAGAUUACGUGCGGAAGGUGAGCUUGGUGAUUAUUGACGAGAUUCACCUGCUGGGUGGUGAUAGAGGACCAAUUCUUGAAAUCAUCGUGUCUCGAAUGAACUACAUUGCUUCGCAAUCCAAGGGCUCUGUUCGUCUGAUGGGCAUGUCCACUGCAUGCGCGAACGCGACCGACUUGGCGAAUUGGCUCGGCGUGAAAGAAGGACUGUAUAACUUCAGACACUCCGUGCGUCCUGUGCCGCUUGAGAUCUACAUUGACGGAUUCCCGGAGCAGCGUGGGUUCUGCCCGUUGAUGCAGUCCAUGAAUCGACCCACCUUCCUGGCAAUUAAGAACCACUCUCCCGAAAAGCCAGUGAUUGUGUUUGUCGCUUCCCGUCGACAGACUCGAUUGACUGCCAAGGAUCUGAUCAACUAUUGUGGCAUGGAGGAUAACCCUCGCAGAUUCGUCCGCAUGUCCGAGGAAGACCUUCAGUUGAAUCUUGCAAGAGUCAAAGAUGAGGCAUUGCGCGAAGCACUCAGCUUCGGUAUUGGUCUGCACCAUGCUGGUCUAGUCGAGUCAGACCGACAGCUAGCCGAGGAGCUGUUCGGCAACAACAAGAUCCAAAUUCUUGUGGCUACCAGUACCCUUGCCUGGGGAGUUAACCUUCCAGCACAUCUGGUCGUGGUGAAGGGAACACAGUUCUUCGACGCCAAGAUCGAAGGAUACAGGGACAUGGAUCUCACUGAUGUCCUGCAGAUGCUUGGUCGAGCGGGACGUCCUCAGUUCGACACGUCAGGUAUUGCGCGCAUUUUCACUCAGGAUGCAAAGAAGGCGUUCUACAAGCACUUCCUGCACACCGGCUUCCCCGUCGAGUCGACACUGCACAAAGUGCUGGAUAACCACUUGGGCGCCGAAGUUUCCGCGGGAACAAUCACAACGAAGCAGGACGCUCUUGACUACUUGACCUGGACAUUCUUCUUCCGCCGGCUGCACAAGAAUCCUUCCUACUAUGGCCUUGAGAUCUCCGCUGAGGAGCACAACACCAUGGCAGCCCAGGCGAUAGCACAGGACUUCAUGAUUGAGUUGGUUGAUAAGUCGCUUGGGGAGCUGGCCGAGUCUUCCUGUGUCGUACUCGACUCAGCAACUGGUGACGUUGAUCCAACCCCGUUCGGCAAGAUCAUGAGUUACUACUACCUGUCUCACAAAACGAUCCGAUACCUCAUGUCGCACGCUAAACCCAACCCCACCUUCCAUGAUGUCCUCAGCUGGAUGUGUUCAGCAACUGAAUUCGACGAGCUGCCCGUGCGUCACAACGAAGACCUGAUCAACGCCGAACUGGCACGCAACCUCCCCCUCUCAGUCGAAUCGAUGGGUGACCUUCCCCUCUGGGAUCCGCACGUCAAAGCCUUCCUGCUGCUCCAGGCAUACAUGUCACGCAUCGACCUCCCCAUCUCCGAUUACGUAGGUGAUCAAACCUCCGUCCUCGACCAAGGCAUCCGUAUCAUCCAAGCCUCGAUCGACGUCAUGGCUGAACUAGGCUAUCUACACGCCUGCCACAUGUUCAUGUCUCUCCUGCAAUGCAUCAAAUCAGCAAGAUGGCCCGAAGACGCGCCCCUCUCUAUCCUCCCCGGCAUCGACCCGGUAGAGAAGAAAUCGGCGCUCCCUACUUCACUCACCGCACUUGUAUCUCUCCCCUUCAAAGCCACCGAAGCUCUCACCAAGAAGCUCAGUCUCCCCGCGCAGUUCGCAAAAGCUGCGUCCAACCUACCCAAUAUAUCCCUGUCCAUUCCCACCAUCUCUCCAAACGGUCUCACCGUGACCUUGACACGCAAGAACGCCCCGAGGGACAGAGAUUACAGGAUCUACGCUCCUCGAUUCCCCAAACCUCAGACGGAAGGAUUCUUCAUGCUCGUCUACAGCGGCGCAUCCUCCGAUGGCAAGAAUGGAGAGCUCCUGGCUCUGAAACGUGUUUCCUGGCCGUCAUCGUCAAACCAACGUAACGGAUCUGGGCCCAGCAGGAAGCCAAACGAUAACAGGAAUGGACCGCUUGUCGUUCGUUCCUCUGUUAAGUUCCCCGAGAACGUGCGGGGACUGAGCAUGCGGGUUACGAUCAAGGUGAUUAGUGAUUCGUAUCCGGGUAUGGAGUGGACGCUGUCUGAUGUGGAGGUAGAUGCGGGGGUGCCCGAGAAGCAGACUUUGCCUGAGUCUUCGACUUUUCCUGAGAAAAGCUGA